UGCGCCUCGCCCGAGGCCCGGCUCCCGCUGCCGGGGCCGGCGAUUGGCUGCACAGGCCUCCGGUGCUUACCCACCGCGCGCCAGCCCUGCCCCCAGAGGCAAAGGAGCGCUUGAGCUCUGGGCGGCGGGUUCGGCUGCGCAGCGGGGCUGAGUCGGCCGCGUCUGCUGGAGCACAGGGAGCAGACAAUUGGUUCCUGGAACCUCGGUGCUGAAGACCCCAGGCCUUGCGCAAAGGUGGCUCGUUACUGGAAAAAACUGAACUUCUGGUAAUCAAGGAGUUGGUAAGAACAAAUUCUCCUCGCGGGACCCCUGUGAAAUGUUAAUAGCACAGCUCUCUGGACGACAGGGCCCAGAGCUGAUGGCAGACAAUGUCAGCCACUAACAACAUCGCCCAGGCCCGGAAACUGGUGGAGCAGCUCCGCAUCGAAGCCGGGAUCCAGCGAAUCAAGGUCUCCAAAGCCUCAUCGGAACUGAUGAGUUACUGUGAGCAGCACGCCCGGAAUGACCCGCUGCUGGUCGGUGUCCCGGCCUCUGAGAACCCCUUCAAGGACAAGAAGCCUUGUGUCAUUCUAUAGCGUGGUUUUCCUGUGUUCUCUCUCUCCCCCUCCCUCUUCCUUUCUCUCGCUCUGUCAGGGCAUCAUUCAGUGCAUAGUUGAAGCAAAGUAUUUCGGGUCCCUGAAACUUCUAAUGCCAAAAGAAAUGUAAAACAUUGCCAGUGCCCAGAUGGUGUAAAAUAUACCCACUGGGCAAUAAUGGGCGGGCGUUCAGACCAAAUAGCGCAGCCCUCAGGGCCGGGCCGAAAGACCGAUGCCGGCGGCACAGCCACGUCCAUCUAGGAAGAGCUGAGACACCCAGACUGUGUGGCCACCAUCUUUCAAACCGUCACUUGCCAUUUGAGCUGAGGUCCAGAGACGGUCGGGAGAAGGGAGGGCAGGGGGCGCUGGCCGCCGGCCCCAGACGACCUGGGCGACCUGGCCGGCCAGCUGUUCUUGCGCAGCUGGCCACUUGUGAAAAAGACUUCUGCUCCAGAGCUUUUUUAAAAGUAAAGUAAAAUUUGGGGGUAGGGGUUCAUAAUGAGCUUUUUGGGGAAAAUAUUUUCAUUUAAAUAAUUGUUAUCCCGUACCGCUAAAAUCAGAUUCCGAUGGCUGGGCGCGUGGCCGGGCUGUGCUGUGCGAUGGUGCGCAGGUGAAGUUCCAGGGCCGGGAGGGGGCUCCGCGCAGGAAACGCACCCGUGUCACCCAGUGUCACCCUACUGUACGGCGUUUGUGCAGCAUGUGCCGCUGCACUGCCAUGUGCGGCCCUGCCCUUUCCCAGGGAUCCCACUCAUCCCAGAAACAGAUUCACUGCAACUCGCCCCGGCCCCUGGAAUAGCCCCUGGGUUUUACUUCCUUUCCAGCACAUGACCUUGACGUGGGCAUUGAGGGGCUGUGGCCAUACUCUUAUCAAACCCGUCUCUCUGGGGGUUUGGUUUGGUUUGGUUUUUCUCCACUUGCAUUUAUCCCGAUGGCCACUGUCCACGCAGAGCUGCACCCUGGCGGCAGGGCCACCUGAUGCAGUGUGAAAAGGCAUCUGAUGGCCGCAGCAUCCGCAAGGCCUCAGAGGCUCUCUCUCCGCUUUUGUGCCCCUUCAACCCCGCGCUGUGGCUGGAGGAAGCCUGAGGCCUGUUGGUCCAGUCCAUCACUCUUCCCAACAGCCUUGGGAACUCGAUACGUCGGGGGGUCAGGGGUUCGGCGCAGGAGGCCUUUUUUUAAAAUUAUUUUUUCCUUUGUUACAACAUGGACAGUUAAAGGAACAAGAGCAUAGGGCCAAACGAACUUCCCUCCCCUCUGCCAGUGCCACCCGAGGCUACCAGGACGCCACACGGCCCUGAACUCGGGUCCCACCUGUCCAGUCCUGGAGCAGCAGGCAAACUGUGGGAAGAAACGAGCCGAGCUCUGCUCCUGUGGCCUCAGUGGACGUCAGAGCCCGAGGCCCACGCCAGUGGAGUCCUGGACAGCUGCCAGGCUGGGGCCCUCACCUCACAGCCAGGGUCAAGGCUUAAAUCUUGCCAGAGUUAAGAAGGCUCCAGUGCAUGACCCUCCAUCCAGCUCCCACAGAGUAUAGGCUAGCAGGCUGAGUCUUUCUCCCCAGCACCCAGCUCUCCCCAGCUGGUCUGGGAGCACCAGGGGCUCUGGGGAGCCCGGCACCUCCAGACCUGCUGUUGGUCAGGGAAAGCCAUGGAGGCUCCCAGGCUGCACCCGCCUUUCACUGGGCAGGGAGCCCGCACCACCCUGAGCCUCUCUCACUGUCCCCAGCAGGAUGGGACAAACCCUCUUCUAGGGCCUGGUGGGAGUUCACCCCAAAAGGGCAAGGAGUGGGUAGCAGGACAAGCCUCUGUGGCGGAAGCCGUAACCCUCUGAGCCUGCAUCAGGUCCUCUCCUGUGACCCCCACUGACCAGCCACGGGUCCCCAAACAAGGCGGGGGGUCCUGCUCUCAGCACCAGGAGCACCCCAGGCUCCCAGACCUCACCUCUGUCUCCGAAACCCCCCACCCUGCCAGCCAUUCCAAGCCCAGCCCCACCUUGUGUCCCCCACUCAAAUGGGACUGGAGAAGCCAGCAGGGAGACAGUCGAGGACCCCUGGCUGAGGGAGGUGGGACUGAACCCCACUUCACCAGCUCUGUGACCUGCUAUGGGCUCAGCCUGCCAACAUGUUCCCCCCCACCCCCAGCUCCGUAACAAGCUCCAUCCUGGGCCUGGGGAGGCUUCUGGGUCAGAAAACCCAGGGACUGAGUGGUCCAGGUAAACAGAGGCCCUGAGCAAUGGUGAGGACAGUGGGUUUCCCACCUUAUUGCUGCACCUGCUCAGCUGCCCACUCUAGGUGCCCACAGCCUCAGACCCCAGGGAUGUGGUGAUCGGCAGAACCCCCUCUGCGGUUUUCUUUCCAGCCGAGGAGGGGCAAGUGAGAAAACGCCUUUUUUUCCCCCUAUUUACAGUAAAACUCACUGUGCAUAGUGUAGACCUACAGCAUCAGUGCACUUAAAACAUGUGCUGCUUGUGCGUUCCUGGCACGAGUAUCCACCCUGAAAAUGUGAUUUUUAAGGGUUUGGGGACUAGAAUUGCCCCGUGCAUCAGGGACCCGUGGUGGUGGCAGCAUAGGCCUUGAGGAGACCAGCAUCUCUAACUGUGUCGUGGCAGAAAAGAUGAAGGACAUGUACACAGAAGGUGGGCGUGAAGUGCGACGUCUCCCUGUGUUCUGCAUUCCGGGGCAGCGUUUCUGGCAGGCUGGCCUGUCUGGCCCCCACUCCAGGGAAGAGUUAGAACAUGUGUCCCUGCCCCAUCCUCCCAAUGGUGACUCCCAGACCAGGAAUGAAGUGGCUCGGUUGUGACCUCCAGCCCCGGGGAAGGUAGACCUACUGGGCUAGGAGGAAGGUGCUGUCUGGCUGGCUUUAGUGUCCCUGCCUCUGGUCCAGGGCGGCUGUGGGCCUCCAGGCAGCUCGUCCACCAGGGGAAGAGCCCCAGCCCUGCCGGAGCAGGACAAGGCCCCCGUUCUGCAGAUUCUCGCCCCAAGCAUGAAUGACCAGGGGUACUUUGGUGGCUGAAGUGAGGCCACCAAAAGUCACUCAUCCUUCAGGAGCACUUAAAAAGAGCCAGCCUGCCACGGGGUCCCCUGAAAACAAGCCAUACGUCGGACAUGCUGCCCUCCUCCUCCUCUGUCCACGGAACCCAUUGCCAAAUGUUACGAGAUUUGUUCCUGGUUUGCAGAAGCAGUCUAUGGUUCUGGCAGGUUCUAGCCCACCUGCCUUUGGAUGUCUAGUGGUUUUUAUUUCUGAUUUUAAAAAAAAAUUCCAGGUGUGCCACACCCACUUUCUCACAGUGUUUUAAUAUUGUGUGGAAUUGUCAAUACAAAGUGAAUUAAUCCACAAUAAAAAGGCUCACGGCUCCUUGUCUUCA